UCACCGGUGACCGGCGCACCAAGAUUAGUAAAAAUACAUAAUUGGAAGAAAUGUCAAUAGUUAUACAUUUUUUAUUAUUACUACCGUUACUACAAUGGUGUGACGAAAUGAAUGCAAUAUAGAACGUAUAAAAAUAGUUUUAUUUAUACAUGAAAUAUAGAUCUAUUAUGUGCGCCCUCCACCAGUGCUGUUGAACAUGGGAAAAACCCGCUUUUUCCGUGUUUUACCUUAAUGAACAAUAACCCUAAGGAACGUUUCAACUUGAAAGAUGUUUGAUGGCAAUUAAGGGGCUUGACAGUAAGGUAAAAAAUGCUAAAUCUUGUGACGGUUCUUUAGGAUUAUUGCGGGUCCGAAUAAGUAUGAUCGAAGGAUGGAUUAUGGUUUAUAGUAGUUCCCGGGACGUAACAGCAUAAUACAUUUAUUUAGCAACGCGAAGAAACAGUAUGAGAUAAUUGAUAAUCACAAAAAUUAAGUGAAUCGAGCGAAAUUGCACUACAGCGCCAUGGGGGUCACCGGUGACCUCAGUGAAAUAAAUUCAUUAAUGAUGAUUAUAUACCGUAACAUAUCUCUUGCAGAUAAUAUUUCAACAUUAUAUGUAUCGUAUAAUAAAAUAAUUCAUCGUGGAGCCACGGCCAAACCUUGUAAAACUGGCGUGACAUUCAACGUGUUAAGAAUAUUUUUAACUAAUAGAAAUUAUAAACAAUAAAAAAUUAUAAGUAAACUAAUUUGUCUAAUAAAACUAGGAUGUAAUUAAUAUUUUACUAAUUAUCAAAAUUAUUUUCGACUAAAUUAUCUUAAAUAAUUACACAUGACAGCAGUGAAAAAUUAUUAUGAUAUUGUUCUAGAUAUAAAAUAUUUAUGAUUGAUUAUCGACUUAAAAUUUGUUGAAUUAAGCUCGCAAUAUAUAAAGUCGAUAGAUCGAAAAAAUUUGUUAUCGAAAUAUACAUCGAAUUUAUUUUGUAAUACAUUUACUUGCUGUCCUAUUAAUAUGAGAGAAAAGAAGUUUAUAUAGGUUAAUCACACGUGUAAAGAAUCCAUACACUGUCUUUUAAUUAUUUUUUAGAUUAAUGUUGAAGACGUUUUAUAAUCUGUAUAUAUUACUACAUUAUCAAUGUUCAAAGUAUUAUCGUUAACUUACCAUUUCAGUCUAUCUAAAUGAUAAGCAACAAGUUGUAUGAAUGUUUCUUGAAUCUUUUUAUAUUACUCAUACCUACCUAAAAACAUAAAGAUGCAGUGGUUGAAUAGUCAAAGAUUGCUUAAAGCAGUGAAAAAGAUUAAUUUACUAAAUAACCGUAAUGCCAGCAGCAAUUGCAAGAUUGUUUGUAGUUCUGAUAUAGAAGUGGCAAAAAAAAAUGGGUUGCCAAUUGUGGCCUUAGAAUCAACAAUCAUUACUCAUGGAAUGCCUUAUCCUGAUAAUUUGAAGACGGCCAUUCAAGUAGAAAACACUGUUAGAAAAAAAGGUGCUAUACCUGCAACUGUAGGAAUUUUAAAUGGACAGAUACAUGUUGGUUUGAAUGAUGAACAACUACAAACACUAGCUAAAUCAGAUUGUACUAAAACUAUUAAGUGUUCACGUAGAGAUAUAUCAACAGUUGUUAGCCAAAAACUAAAUGGAGGAACAACUGUUAGUGCAACAAUGUUAAUUUCAAAUUUAUUAGAUUUGCCUAUAAUGGCAACAGGAGGCAUUGGUGGUGUUCAUCGUGGUGCAGAAAAGAGUUUGGAUAUUAGCACUGAUUUAAUAGAGCUUGGGCGUACUCCUGUAGCUGUUGUUUGUUCUGGUGUUAAAUCUAUAUUAGAUAUUGAAAAGACAUUAGAAUAUCUGGAAACACAAGGUGUUCCAAUUAUAAAAAUUGGUGAAACAAACUAUUUUCCUGCAUUUUACUGCACUGAAUCAUUACAGAAGAUAAAAGUGCCACAUAGAGUAUCAAAUUCAGAAGAAGCAACAAAGAUUCUUAAAGCACAAAGGGAAUUAGGUCUUCAAACAGGAUUAUUGUUUGCUGUCCCUAUUCCUAAAGAAUAUGCAUUAGAUUCAAAAGAAAUGGAAUUGGCUAUACGUAAUGCUUUAGAAAAUGCAAAAAGUAAAAAUGUAAGUGGAAAGAAUGUCACACCAUUUUUGCUAGAAGAAUUGAAUAAGGUUACACAUGGUCAAUCUCUUCGAGCCAAUAUGGCACUUAUAGAAAACAAUGCAAGUGUUGCGGCAGAAAUUGCAGUGAAUUUGGCUAAAAAGUGUUUUCAGAGCUCUCUCAACGAUAGUGCUUCCAAGUGCAUUCUGACAUCAGAAAGAAAUCCAAUUGUAAUUGGUGGAGCUAUAAUGGAUACGACGUUGCAAGUGAAGGAAUCCGAGAUAAAAGACGAUGGUAGAACGCAUGCCGGUAGAAGCCGAGAAAAUUGUGGCGGGGUCGGACGAAAUAUCGCCAACGCCUUGAUCAACCUUGGUCUGAACGCUACACGGUUAAUAUCCGUCGUUGGUAACGACCAGCCUGGGAAAGCUAUAAUUAAAAGUCUAGGAGAUGGUGCCCAGACUGUGGAGCAGUUGUCAAAUAUGAACACGGCUAGAUGUACCGUGAUCAUCGAUUACAAAGGCGAAUGUCGAUUCGCAGUCGGCGAGAUGGAAGUGUUCUCUAGUAUCAGCCCGCAUUUGGUGAAGAAAUACCAAUCGUACGUGGAGAAUUCGAGUUUCAUCGUUCUUGAUGGUAAUCUACCUCUAGAUACGAUUCGAUACGUAUUGGAUCUUGCAACGUGCUCAAAUAUUCCAGUUUGGUAUGAACCCACAGAUGUGAACAAGGCAACUAAAGUAUUUAAAGCAAAAUCACAAUGGCAAAAUGUUUUGCAUUUUAUAUCACCAAAUAGAAAUGAACUAUCAGCUAUUGGGAAAUAUCUUGGCAUAUCAGUACCUGAAAACAAAUUAUCUAUAGACUUAGAAGAAGUAAAAACAAUUGCAGAGCAAGUAGCUGAAUUUAUCCCAGUGGUUAUAAGUACAUUAGGAUCACAAGGAGUAUUGGUCGUUCGUAAAGCCCUUGGAAAUGAUCCCUUUUAUGAUAAAGAAGGAAAAUUGGUUGCUCAUACUAUGGUCACUUCUCGCUUAUAUCCCCCCUUAUCUUUUAUUUCUGAUGAUCCAAAAGAAACAUACAAUGUGAGUGGUUGUGGUGACUGUCUUUCUGCUGGAAUAAUUUAUGGAAUUCAUAAAAAUUUAGAUGAAACCAGCUGUCUUUCCUUAGCUCUAAAGGCUGCUGCACUUUCUUUAACUUCAUUAGAUGCAGUCCCUACUUCACUUUCAUUAUUAUGCAAUGAUGCAAAGUGUUGAUAAAUAUUAACCAUUAUUAAUUAUAUAUUGGUAUAAAAUACUUUAAUUAUAUAUAAUAUAUAUUUUUAUAAGAUAGAGUAAAUGUGGACGGAUAGAUUUUAAUAAAUAAUUUAUAACUAUAUAAUUAUAAUUAGUGGUUAUGCUUUUAUAUAAGUUCAUUAGCUUUCUUCUUUUCCCAUUUCAUAACAAAUUCGGCAACAUUAAAUUUUCGUUUACAUCCAUUAUAAUUCAUAUAUCUUAUUUUCCCAAAUAUAUCUCUUUCUGGCCAACCAUGAUCAUGGACACCACAGAUAGACCACAUGCAACCUAGAAGCACAAAUAGAAUAUACAUAUUGUGUAAUAAUAAAAUACAUCACAGAAGUACAGAUAGAGAACUGACCUACAUAACCAUUCGGAUCACAACCAUCGAUACUGUACUUAUUAUUUAAAUAAUUGGCCCAUUCUAAAGCACUCUCAGGUGUUUCAGUCCAUUCUAAUAAUUUCUUUGCCCAAUACAUUCUUAAGAAUCCAUGCAUUUUUCCUGUUAUUAUCAUUUGAUUUUGACAUGCAUUCCAUAAAUCAUCAUGUGUUUUAGAGUUUUCCAACUGACUUAAAGAAUAUACAUAUUUUCUUGUAUCCUUUCUAAAUGUAAUAAAAUGUUAACAAUAAUAUAAUGUACACAACUUGUAAUAAAUAAAAUAAAUUACCGAUGUUUA